AAUUUCGAUGAUCGUUACCCGACAGUCGUCUACAUCCACGGCUACAGCGAGAGCUCGACGUCCGGAAGCGCCGUCGCGAUGAGAGACGUUUACCUGAAGCGAGGCGAGUACAACGUGAUCCUGGUGGAAUGGGCGAAAUUGGCAGGCCUGCCAUGGUCGGACGAAUUACAGGAUUGGACGCUGCCUAUCCUCUGUACAUGAAUGCUGGUAGCGAGGGACACCUAACAGCAGCGGACGCUAUGUUUGUAGACGUGAUCCACACGGAUGGUGGAAACUUUGGGUUUGCUCAACCGCUGGGUCACGUAGACUUCUAUCCAAACGGUGGUAGACCGAUACAACCCGGUUGCAAUUUGCGCAGCGUGAUUCGCAGGACCAUAUCACGAUUGAUCAAUGAGUACGUCGUCUGCGGCCACAAUCGAGCCUGGAUGCUGUACGCGGAAUCGGUGACGAACCCUUUCGGUUUCCCAGCGAGCAGCUGUCCAAAAUGGCAUCCUACGGUUCGAGCGAACUGUAUGUGGACACCGGACGUCCUGAUGGGAUUCGCGGUGAACUCCCGGGUCAGGGGGAAGUUCUACUUAAGAACGAACGCGGACGCGCCUUUCGCUAGAAACACAACCGGGUAUGGGUUCAAGUGAUCAUCGGGGGAUUGAGUUUGGAUGAACCAGACCAGCAGCAUCGAUCUCACCGCCAACCACCAUAGAACCAACCCUCCGAGCUUCGCCUGGCUCUCCCUUGUGGAAGACGCAGAAAGUUCGAGCUCGGAGUUCGUUUUCGCAGUACUCUUUCUCCUAGACGACUUCUAGGAGACCAAUAAUCGUGAAGCAGGAUAUUUAUUACCGAAGUGGAAACUUUUAACAGCCGCAAUAGAGCAAGACUGUAGUCGGACCAUUUUACGUAUAAACGAAUGCGAAGGGCCUACCGUCCACGUUAGACUUUCGUUCGAACCAUAGGAUUCGACUCGAUAAAAUGGGAAUUAAUUAAUUCUGUGAACCUAAAACUAUUCGUCGAGAUAUUCUGGCUAAUCUAAUUACUGUAUCGAUAUAUAGUCGGACCAUUUUACGUAUAAACGAAUGCGAAGGGUUUACUGUCCACGUUAGACUUUCGUUCGAACCUUAGGAUUCGACUCGAUAAAAUGGGAAUUAAUCAAUUCUGUGAACCUAAAAAUA